AUGUGUACACCGAUUGUCAAUGAAAAAUCUGACAUUCCUACAAUUAACACCAAACUUGAUAUAAAUCAAUCUCUUCAAACUAUAAAACAACAAUUUAUGACAACACACGAAUUAUGCUUAAGGGAACAAAAUUUACUUCAAGACCCUAAUGCAUUUGAAAUGUUAAAUGAAGAAGAAUAUAUUGAUGAUAAAAAUAUGAUUGAAAAAGAGAAUAUUGUAGACAAUUAUAAAAAAUUAACGAUAACAGAUCAUGAACUUUCUAAUGAAUCGACUACAAUUAAAUUAAUCAAUCAAUGUUCCAGUAAACUUCGUAGGCCAAUUUAUGUUCAAAUAGUAGAUAGUUUACAUCACAAUUAA